GACCAGAACUGCGGGGCUCUGCCCUGGCACAAGCGACCAGGCAGCGGGGUGCCAGGCCCGUCUCCAAAGUGCAACUGGGUUGGGGGGACGGGGGCGUGAGCCAUGCCUGGUUCUCGGGGGUCCCGGCUGCAGGGCAAGCUGGACCCGGUUGCUGAGAGGGCGGAGGAGGCCGAUGUGGCGGACACGGACGAGCAGGACAUCCUGCGCUACGAGGAGCGCAUCACGCAGCUGCUGGUGACCAUCACCCACCUCCACAACAAGGUCGAGCGGCUGCAGCAGCGCGGAGCCAGGGAGGACGAGGAGUACUCGGACCAGUGCUCAGAGUACACAGCCAGCCUGCCCAGGCAUGCACCGCAGCCCCUGCCCCCCCAGCUCCCGCCCCCCAGAGAAGGCGUCGGCCCCGACAUGUUCCUGGCCCUGCAGCAGGUGCUGGCAUCUCUGGAGCACACCGUGUUCGCCCGGCGCCACUGCGCACUGCGGCUCGCUGGGGCUGGAGCGGAGACGGGCACGGGCGGCAAGGAGUGGGCCCAGGUGGUGGAGACCCUGGAAGAGCUCGAGCGAGGCCUGGGGCUGUCCCCGGGGCUCGAGAUGGCAGCUGUCCAGGCACCGGGGGAGAGGGUGGCUGAGCUGAGCCCAGAGCUUGGGGCAGCGGAGACCAGCUGGUAUGGGAAGGAAGCGGCCACGCUGGCUGAGAGGAACAUGGCGCUGCGGGCAACGCUGGGCAGCAAGGAACAGGAGCUGAGCCGUGCCCAGGUGACCCUGCAGGCUCUCCAGGAGGAGCGCGACAGGCUCCAGAGGAAGGUCAAGGAGCUGCAGGAUUCCCUCUACCAGCUCGAGACGCCCGGCCAGGCCUGGAGCCCUCCUGGCUCAGCCACCACCCCGAUCAGGGAAGCUGGCAGCCCUGUUGGGGAAGGGGACCCCUGGCUGCUCCAGGUGAGGUCCUGGUCCCUCUUCCCCGGACUGUGGAAGACAUUCACACCCCCGCCCCCAGGAAAUCUGCUCCCAUCCCUGGGGCCUGCUGGGCAUCCUCUGCCCUGGGGACACACUCCAGCCACGUCUCCCUCAGGCCAGACAGAGCCACAACCCAGUGGCUGGAGUCUCCUGCAGCUGCAGCGGGGGCCACAUGGCUGUGGCCAGCAAGAGGUCACUCCCGUGGUGUCUCCUUUAGGGUAUGGUGCUGCAGUGCGUGCCCACCCAGAGGUCUCUGGUUACCCCCCACCCACGAACCAAGAUGUUCAGCCCCCCCCUGCGGCCCCUGCACCAGCUCCAGCCCUGGGCUGCACAGACCUACCUUUGCUUGCUCCACAGGACCCACUGGCCAGGGCACAGAGCCUGCUCCAGUGCUUGAAGGACCACCCGGCCAUGCAGCCCCUCUGCCGCCUCCUCCCCUCUGCCCCGGAGCUCUCCAGCAGGGAGCUGGAUGACCAGCUGCAGCAGCUGCGAGGGUGCAUCGAGCGGCUCAAGGGCCUGAACCACCUGCUCGCGGGCGCCCUGCAGGAGUGCAAGAGCGACUCAGAGCGGCUGAGCAUGCUGCUGGGGCAGCACGAGUCCAACAGCACCGCCUUGCGCCUGGCCGCCCAGUGCAGCGAGCACCGCAUGGAGGCCUUGGAGGUGCUGCUAGCCCUGGCCAGGGCGAAGCUGGAUGCUGGGGGGCACGCCCCAAGUGCAGCCCCCGCGGAGCAUGCUUCACAAGACGCGGCCGCCGUGCUGGCGGAGGCCAGAAGGUUCCUGGGCAGAGCGGAGCCUGACGGGCAGGAGGCAGCCGGCGAACCUGGCAUGUGCGGACAGCAAAGCCCACCCAGCCCCAGGGAGGAGGAGGAGGAGGAGGAAGAGGGGGUGCUGCGGCAGUAUCUCCGGCAGCUGCAGGCGGAGCAGGCGGCCGUGGAGGUCUCCCUGCUGGAGCUGGGCUGCUCUGGGCCCCCCGGUGCCGUGACCCGGCCCAGCGACGCCAUUCGGGCCAAGGUGGAGAAAGCCGUCCAGGCGUCCCUGGCUGCCCUGCCUGGGGAGAGGCCCUGGCCGAAGCUGGACAAGACGCAGCUGCUGCAGGACCUGGCAGCCCUCCAGGAGUCCAUGGCUGACGUGAAGACCCAGCUGCACCUGGCGGAGAAGGAGAAACGGGGCCUGGAGCUGGGCACCUACACGCUCGGCGCGCAGGAGGCUGCCUACCUGCUGCUCAUCGAGCAUCUGCAGCGGGAGCGGGACGCGGGCUCCGGCCCCGCCAGCUCUGGCAGCAGCACCAGCGAGGGCAGCACGGGCAGCAGCGGGGCAGGGGAGGCUGAGGGCUGGAAGGCGGCUGCCGUGGCACCCCGAAGCCCCCAGGACCUGGAGAGGAUGACGCUGGAGCUGGCCAGCGCGCUGGAUCGGAGCAAGGUGCUGCAGGACCAAGCCCAGGUGCUGGCGGCCUCCCUGGAGCAGCUCAGCGUGGCCAGCCGGGUGCAGCAGGCCCAGUGCACCGGCCUCGCCAGAGACUUCUUCCAGGCGCACAGCGCACUGGUGCUGGCCUACCGGGGCGCCCGCAGGAAGCAGGAGGCCCAGCUACGGCGCCUGGAAGCCCAGACGGGCGCCAUGGGCGAGCGGCAGGCACAGCAGGCACACGCGCUUGCCCAGCGCAUCCGGGCUCUGGAGGAGCAGCGUGCGGCCGGCGCCGAGACCUGCAUCUAGGCUGGGGGGGCCCUCUCCAUGGCCACGGGGCCACCGCCUCCUCCGUGACUGCGGCGGGGUCCGCGAGAUGUUGAGUUUUCGGCGUAGAAAGCCCACCCCAUAGCCCUGCUCCCCAGCGCUGCAGCUGCUGAUCCCCGUGGACUCCGGGCCCAGGCUGGAGAGUAAAGCCGUGCUGGAAGGCU